UUUUGCAGCAGCUCAUGACAUGAAGAUGGAGUGGCUUGUCGUUAAAGGUGUUUGUGACUUUGUACAUGGCAGUGGAUUUACUAAGGAUUCAUGGAAGACUUUUGCUUGUGUAAUGGCGGCCUCUGUUGUAUCUAACAUUUUUGGUGACUCUUCAGUGUUUGAAGUCUGGCCUCAUUAUGGAAACAAUUUAGCGAGAGAGGGGAGUGGGAAUACUGAUGAUUCUUCUAAUUGUGAAAGCAAAAGGGUGGCAGACAAUGUAGCUAGAGAGGGGAGUGGCAACAGUGAUGAUUCUUCAAAUUAUAAACGCAAAAGGGUGGCAGACAAUAUAGCCAGAGAGGGGACUGGGAACAGUGAUGAUUCUUCAAAUUAUAAACGCAAAAGGGCGGCAGAAUAUUCUCCAGAAGAAACCUUUGAUGUGAAAUCCUGUAGAGAUAAACUUGCAGAGCAUUAUAAAAGAACCGCCACGGUGCCCACUUCUGUGUGGUCCAAAGCAUGUCCCGUGAAGAUUGACCAAAUUUACACUAGACUCUCCGUGGUAAAAGAGGAACCAGCCCCGUCUGGGUCAUCACACUCAAAGCUGAAUCACUACACUGAGAUUUUCAUUGAUGGCGAAGGAAACACACAAAAGAGAAUACUUGUUCAAGGGCAGACUGGAAUUGGAAAGACCACGUUUGUGAAGAAAGUUGCUGUAGACUGGGCAGAACUUAAUGACGAGAACACUGAACUCGACGUGAAGCUUGCAGAGAGUCCAAACUACGAAGUCGAGUCAAAUGACGGAUCAGUUAAAGGCUUGGACGAAAUUCAGAAGCAAGUCUUGAAAAGAUUCGAACUUGUUCUUGUGGUUAAUCUGAAGGAAGCUUCCAAAUGCCAAACCCUCAAAGAAGUCUUGCAUCAUUGCAAUAUUUUUCCUGAAGAAGACUCAGCUUUGGUAGAUGAGAUGCUAAGUUAUAUCACGGAAAAUCAAGAGAAAGUGUUGCUGAUGUUUGAUGGCUACGACGAGUAUGGUUGUGGACUAAACUCCGAAAUCUUCGACAUAUUUAGAAGAAAGAAACUGAGAAGUUGUUGUGUCUUGAUAACAACUAGAAUCUCCAAAGCGGAUGAGCUUCGAGAGUUUAAGGAUGUUUAUGCCGAGGUCACCGGGUUCAGCUAUCAGGAGAGAUUUUCCUUUAUGUGCCGAUUUCUUGGCAGUGAAACAGAAGCAGAAGAGCUGUUGGGUCACCUAUUUAGAAAAAAUUUGACAGAUUUAGCAAAAAUUCCCCUCCUUCUCCUCUUCUUUUGCACUUUGUGGAAAAAAGGUAAAGUGAAGACCUUCCCUGAUACCAAAACGAACCUGUACCUGGCGAUUGUUCAAUGCGUUGUGGAUUAUAAUCAAGGAAAGAGUUCUCCUGCCCAGUUCAGCAAACUAGAAGACUUCCAAGAUAUCCUAGCUGAGAUAGGAAAGGUGGCGUUGGAGUGUCUCUUAGAGGACGACCAUGUAUUUGAGUAUGAUCAACUCUCCUCUGCCAUCCGUUGUGAAGAAAGUCGCAUCAUUGGUUUGCUUCAAGUUACCGAGUACGCAGAGAACCUUCGACCAGCAGGGUUGGUGUCCUUUAUCCACAAGAGUAUACAGGAGUUCCUAGCCGCGUGGUACAUCACCUACAGAUGUGUCCCUAAAAAGCAUCUUGGUGGAAUGGAGAAACAUGCCCGCACUUGGGAGAGUUGUGCCGCUUGGGAGAAUGUCUUUCAGUUCAUUUGCGGUUUGUCUAAUAAUGGAGCAGUCAUAGUUCUAGACCACCUUACUUCUGUCAGAAUUGCUACACCGGACUUGGAUUUAUCGAAGAAAGUAUCAGAUGUAGACAACGAUACGGAGGCACCAUUAAAUGACUUAACUGACAGGCACGUCAAGGUCAAUGACUUCGUUCUUAAUUUCCUUCUAGAGGCUCAGUCAAAAGAUGAACUCUUACGACGCUAUUUUGAUUGUCUUGGAGGUAUAAUCUUGGUUACCACAUCACUUUCUCGCCUUCUACAAAAGAUGGAAAGGGAGACUAUAGGAAUAACUGCAAAUUCGACUGUUUUCGUUUACGAAUCGUCCCUUGACGUUCCAGUACAGGAGCUUUAUCACUUGGUAAAAAAUCUCCGUUGUCAGCAAAGUUCUGAGCCUUCGUCAGUUGAAAACUUUUUACGUAAGUUAUCAAAUGAUCCCUGUCCACUUCCCGCUUGUAAUUUCCGUUCUGUGCUCUUUUUCCGUGAUCACAAGCUUCUGGUUUACUUAACGAGAGUGACUGUAAGAUGUACUAAGUUUGCAGAACUGUUCAGUGUAAGUUUUGGAGAGUGCGUCCCAUCUGGCUCGGAAGAUACCCACCUAGGAAAUUCAUCUCUGAAGUUCUUAAGAUCCUUUCAUUGCAGCUGCACUUUUGAGGAGAAAACAAGCGAGACACUUCGGGUGAUAAUCAGGCACAGCAAAGGCUUGAAAAGGAUUGGAUUCGAAGGAAAAGGGUGCCACGUCUGCGAAUUUUUGAAACAGGUGCCAAACCCCAGUGAAUGUUGUGUGUCACUCGGCGCCACUCUUUAUUCGUCCAUCGACGAACUGGAAUUGUCUACGGCAGAAAUAGAAGAGCUAGCCAGGGUAUUGCCAAGAUUUAAAAACAUUGUCGCUCUUUGUUUCAACUUUUCUCGAUGCGCUAGAAAAGCAAUAGACACAUUAGUUACCAGUUUAACUCAUCAAUCUACUGUAAUACUGAAAUUUAGAGGAAUACAGCUGACUUCUGCAGUGGUUGGAGCCCUCGGCCGGUUGCUUCCAAACAUGUCAUCCUUACAAGUUCUUGAGUUGACCGGGUCGGGACAAAGGAUGUUGGAAGAGGAGGACAUGGAGAGGUUAUUUGGUGGAUUCAACAAACCGGCACUACAUUUGCUAAGGCUUACUUUCAGUGGUUUUAACGUGAGUUGUCUUCAUCCGCUUACCGAACGUUUUCAUUUUUUCGCCAACUUAGAAGAGUUACACUUUGAACGGUUGACCAUGAAUGAAGAUGGUUUACGUUGCCUGCUAGAAGCCUUGAAGCUCAAGAUCGAUGCAUUAAGUAUUACGAGCCAUUGUUCGGCUUCUCCAUUCCUUUGCAAUCUAGUGUCCUGGAAAAACCCCAAGAAGUUUGGAAGACCAGAGAACAACCUGACUCUGGAGGAAUUAAGCUUGACUCCAGGUACAGCUGCAGUGCUGGGACGGUCACUUCCUGAAAUGUCGGCCUUACAAAAACUGUCGCUGUGUAGAUAUAAUAGAAAAAACAAUGUGCAACCGAAAGUGUUAGAGGCGCUCUUUGGAGGAUUUUACAAACCCCUGCCGCUGCGCGAGCUAAUAAUCUUUGGUUUCAAGUUAAGAGGUAGUCUUGUUCCACUCACAAAAAGCCUUCGUUUCUUCUCGAAUCUGAGGCGGUUAAUGCUUGAGGGGAACUUGGACGAGCGUAACUCGUGCGAUUUGUUAAGGAGUUUGAGAUUCACUCCUAGUCUAAAAGAGCUUGUCGUUGAGGGCAACCAGCUGGACUCCAAUGAUUGCUUCCUGGCGGAACCUGACUACUUAUUCACUGAGAGAGUCACGCUCAACUUUCUUGAGAAACUGGUUCUGGAUGGAGUAACCAUGACCUUAACAGUGGCCAAGGUGCUUGGGCUUUUGCUUCCAAAAAUGUCAGCAUUAAAAACGCUAGCCUUAACUGGGGUGGAAGGUAGUACUUUAGAGGAAAAUCAUCUGGAGGCUCUGUUUUCUGGGCUCAGCAAAAAAAUGUCUUUGGAGGUCCUUUCUCUCCGCGGCUUCAGCAUCAGAAGUUGUCUUGUUCCUGUCUCCAAGAGAUUUAACUACUUUUCUAGUUUAACCGAGAUACUCUUUGGCCAGUUGCUCAUGAAUGAAUGUAAAUUAUCUAGUUUCCUGGAGAGCUUAAGAUUGAUUCCUUGUCUGCAAUGUCUUGAGAAACUGGUACUGGAUGGAGUAACUAUGACCUUAGCAGUGGCCAAGGUGCUUGGGCUUUUGCUUCCAGAAAUGUCAGCAUUAAAAACGCUUGAGUUAACCGGGGUGGAAGGUAAUACUUUAGAGGAAAAUCAUCUGGAGGCUCUGUUUUCUGGGCUCAACAAAAUAAUGUCUUUGAAGGUCCUUUCUCUCCGGGGCUUCAGCAUCAAAAGUUGUCUCGUUCCUGUCUCCAAAAGAUUGCACUACCUUUCUAGUUUAACCGAGAUGAUUUUUGACCAGUUGCUCAUAGAUGAAUGUAAAUUAUGUAGUUUUGUGGAAAGCUUGAGAUUGAAUCCUUGUCUGCAGCGUCUCAACUUAAAGAUUCAGUCUCAAAGUACUACUGACUGCUGCACAACGGAAGCCGACAAAGUCGAUUGUUUCAAACUAACUUCCCUCCAAGAACUGACACUGGAGGGUGCAUGCGUGACCCCAAUGAUGGCAAGGGUGCUUGGGCGUUCCCUUCCAGAAAUGUGUUUAUUAAACACUUUAAAGAUAUUCGGGAUGGAUAGCAUUUUGCGAGAAAAGGAUAUGGAGGCUCUGUUUGGCGGGUUGAACAAAACAAUGUCUUUGCGCUCCCUAACUUUCAACAAUUUUAGCGUGAAAGGAUGUGUCGCUCCUCUAACCAGAAAGUUGCGUUUCUUUCCCAACUUGAUGUAUCUCGACCUCAAGAUGCUAAACUUGGAUAGUUUUGACCUCUGUAGUAUACUAGAAGCCCUUCUCGAGGUCCGUGGUUUAUCCGUAGUGACGCUUUCAAGUAAACAGUUUGUUCAGGAAGUAACACGUGUUGUACAACACCUCUUCAACCUACCGGUAAGGUGUAUAGGGUUCUGUGUUUUUAUUGAUCAAACAGCUUCUGAAGAAGUCUUGAGGGAAAUUAGAGAUGCCAUCAAAGAAACACGACCUAACGUUUCCUUUAUACCCGACGAACGUGAUAUAGUCUUCUAUGUUUUUCAUCCGACAUUCCAUUCCAUUUUUUACAUAAACCCAGUGAAACCGCCGUAAACCCUCAGUUGGUCAAAUUUUCCAAAAUGGGUUAUGCGUAGUUUGUUGGCAUAAGCAAACAAUUUUGCAGUCCUGUCAGUGUUCGUCAUUGUUGUUUGCCUGUGUAACGAAGUUUCCAGAACACAAGGGAACAAUCUAGAACGUUGAUUUACCGCAUCGGGGCGGCUAUUUUUAAGCUGUACUAGAACCUUCUCCGUAUUCCAGAACAUUCUAUUGAGUUAUUUUAAGGAUGUGUCGUCAUGAGCGUCUAGAGUGUUCCUGCUACUAAAAAUAUUAUUUUAAAUAUAAGUAUGAUGUAAUCGGUUACUAUACAUAAGGUUUUCAGAAGCUUAAGAUUCCAGUAAAAAGUUAAGUCGCAGACCAAUAAAGUGGAAAACAAGAA